UAAUACUCUGCAGUGGGUGGGGUCUGUUGACUGAGAAAUCAAACAUGGCGGAUAGUGGUGCAUGGCUUCUUGUUUUGAGUUCAGUUAUUUUGUGCAAUCUGUUUAAAGUGCUGCUGCCAACAUUUUCCUCAAUAACUUCAAAGUUAUUGCAAAAGGAUGCUGAGCAGGAAUCAGGAAUGCGACUGGAGAUUCAGAACAUGAAGCAAGAGCUUUCAAGUAUCAGUAUGAUGGAUGAAUUUGCCAGAUAUGCAAGACUAGAAAGAAAAAUUAAUAAAAUGACGGACAGACUCAAAACUCAUGUUAAAGCAAGGACAGCACAGUUAGCCAAAAUAAAGUGGGUGGUGAACAUUGUUUUCUAUGUGUUUCAGGCUGCCUUGAUGGUCACUUUAAUCUGGAAGUAUUACUCUGAACCUGUCAUUGUAUUGCCAAGCAAGUGGGUUGCACCAUUGGAAAGAUUGGUAGCCUUUCCAACAGGAAUAGCAGGUGGUGUAGGAAUUACAUGUUGGCUUGUGGUCUGCAACAAGGUUGUAGCUAUAAUGCUUCAGCCUUUCAGCUGAGAAAAACAGAGUGCUGCCAUGCUGCCUUGGCUACACUACUUCAUGUCAUUUUAAACAUGGAAUCUGAAUAUGUGUCCAAUUUACUAUUUGCAGCUUGUAACUAUAGACAGGAAAAAAACACAGCUUACUGACUCUAAUGUAGAGUCCUCUUGUAAUUAGCAGUCUUGUCAGGUGUAUAUUAAUUGUUGCCUGUUAUGUAUGGUUCAUUUUUGUGAUGUUGCUUAAAGUAAAUCAUCUGUAUUGCUGUUUAUUCGUUGUAACAUUUUUGUUCUUAGUGUAUAUACAUUAAUGUUAUUGAAGUGAAAAGAAAUGUCUGACAACUUGUAAGUUAGUGGCAUCUUAUUUGCUGGGCUGGAGGUAUUAUUUAUUGAAAUUGUCUGCAAGUCAUUUCUUUAAGAUGGCACCAUUUUGGAUAAUACCUUUAUUAUGCCAUAGCCGGUCUGUGGCACGUGUACAUAAUUGAGUGUCUUUCCUUUGCAUUUAAAAAAGCAUGCUUAAGUCAGGGAUGCUUCAUGCUAGGCUCUUCCACUGAUGACUUUUUUUUCUUUUUUAUAUCAAAUGUUUCUGUGAAAAAGGGCUGAGCUAAAAACUUAGACCCAAACUCACUUGUCAGGAUCUAAAACUCUGCAGAAAGCUUUUCUUAUUGUAGUCUGUGUAUUCUUCCCACCCUAAUAUCACAAACCAUUUAGUCUGCUGUAUGGAAUUAAGCAAUCCAUAUUGCAGAACACGUUGCUUUUUCUAAUGCUAAUGAUUCAGCAGUGCCAUAAAGUAUGGUAUCUUUUACUGGAGUGACACACAUUUAGCAGUGAUGGAGUAAGUAGGUGAAUAUUUGUGGUCACCCAGUACUCUUCAAAGCUGUGUGAAUGUCAAAUCUCAUGUAAUUAUUCUGUUUUGUGUAGUAAGUAUCAGAUGGCCCAGAUUAUUGCACCAUACAAUGCCUUGUCCCAACAUCACUAUGGUUAGCAUCUCAUUUUGAAAAGAAGACUACAUGGCACUGACAGCAGAUGAUUCAAGAGACAUAAUCCUAAUAAUAAUAAUAAUAAUAAAAUAAUUCAAAACAGUGUUGUCAAGCAGGUAGCAUGCACUUGCACAUGUCAGCAUAAAGCUUCUUGUUCCUAAUCAACAGACUACUUUGAAAACUUGAGAAAAAAAGUGAUGUGCGCAUUCAGACUAGGAAAGGCUUGCAUCACAAAACUACUAUUUACAUCAUCCUAACAACUUUGUCAGUGGAGGCUGAAAGUGAAAGUUUCAUGUAAUGUAGUACAAAGUCCAGAUCAGGUUGAAUUGUUUCUGUUCCCAUUCUGUCACUUAAUAAAAUGAACAUGAGCACACUUCUAAA